AAUAAAAAUGAAGAUAUUGGGUGAUGCCACUUAUGAUAUUGUAAUUGAUUGGCUUGAUGACGAUUUUCACCCUGAUGUUCAAGUAAAGAGACAGUUGGCAUCAAUCACAAAAAUACCAUUUAAAUGCAUAAAACAGGUUCUUUUCAUUCCUGAUGAAACAUAUUGGAAUCGCAACAUUGAUGAGCUUGAAAAAUGGACCAGGAAAUCUACAUUUAUGGCUAGAUUCUAUGGACAUCGCUAUGUAAUGCGGUUUCAUCUCCAUUUUGAAGGCGAUAAUUUCUAUUUUAGAUACAUGUUGUUGGGUGAACAACUUGUUGAUGAAAAUGAAUGUAAUCUUAGCCUUUGUCCAUUCAUGAACAAUAUUACCUGUUUAAAGACAGCGGCCAAAUUAGUUAAUAAUACUGAAUUGAUGGCGAAAUUGAAACAGGAAUGGCUGCCAAUCUACCAGCGCUAUGGGCAUUUCGGCUAUCAAAUAGUCGCCCCGUUUUUACGACGACACAACGUGCUGCAUUUUGAAAGUCAGCAUUGCAGAUUACAUGGAAUGGACAAUGGCGUAAAUUAUGAACCUUAUUUGCGAACUUAUGGUUAAUUUCAAAAUCAAUAAGACU